GGCGCGCACGCUCCCCUCAGCCGGUGGGUCGGUCCUCCCGCCGGCCCUCUCCGCCCCGUUCCACGGGGGAGGCGCGGUGGAGCCCGCCCCCAGGGUCCCCCCGAUGGGGUUGAAGCGGCGUCGGCGGCAGCGGAAUAACCGAGCCGGAGCGUGAGCGGCCCCGGGGCCCGGUUUCCCCCCGCGGAGGCCAUGGGCGACUCAGCCCCAGCCCGCAGCCUGGACGACAUCGACCUGUCCGCCUUGCGGGACCCAGCUGGAAUCUUUGAGCUGGUGGAGGUGGUUGGCAAUGGAACCUACGGACAGGUGUACAAGGGUCGGCAUGUCAAGACUGGGCAGCUGGCUGCCAUCAAGGUCAUGGAUGUCACGGAGGAUGAGGAGGAAGAGAUCAAACAGGAGAUCAACAUGUUGAAAAAGUAUUCUCACCACCGCAACAUUGCCACCUACUAUGGGGCCUUCAUCAAGAAGAGCCCCCCUGGAAAUGAUGACCAGCUCUGGCUGGUGAUGGAGUUCUGUGGUGCUGGUUCAGUGACUGACUUGGUAAAGAACACAAAAGGGAACGCCCUGAAGGAGGACUGUAUUGCCUACAUCUGCAGGGAGAUUCUCAGGGGUCUGGCCCAUCUCCAUGCCCACAAGGUGAUCCAUCGAGACAUCAAGGGACAGAAUGUGUUGCUGACAGAGAAUGCCGAGGUCAAGUUAGUGGACUUUGGGGUGAGUGCUCAGCUGGACCGGACUGUGGGCAGGCGGAACACUUUCAUUGGGACCCCAUACUGGAUGGCCCCAGAGGUCAUUGCCUGUGAUGAGAACCCCGAUGCCACCUAUGAUUACAGGAGUGACAUUUGGUCUCUAGGAAUCACAGCCAUCGAAAUGGCAGAGGGAGCCCCCCCUCUGUGUGACAUGCAUCCCAUGCGAGCCCUCUUCCUCAUCCCUCGGAACCCACCACCUAGGCUCAAGUCCAAGAAAUGGUCUAAGAAGUUCAUUGACUUCAUUGACACCUGUCUGAUCAAGACAUACCUGAGCCGCCCACCAACAGAGCAGCUGCUCAAGUUUCCCUUCAUUCGAGACCAGCCCACGGAGCGGCAGGUCCGCAUCCAACUCAAGGACCACAUUGAUCGCUCCCGGAAGAAGCGGGGUGAGAAAGAGGAAACGGAGUAUGAGUACAGUGGCAGUGAAGAAGAAGAUGACAGCCAUGGAGAGGAAGGAGAGCCAAGCUCCAUCAUGAAUGUGCCUGGGGAGUCUACACUACGCCGUGAAUUCCUCCGACUCCAGCAGGAGAAUAAGAGCAACUCAGAGGCUCUAAAGCAGCAGCAGCAACUGCAGCAGCAACAGCAGAGAGACCCAGAGGCCCACAUCAAACACCUGCUGCACCAGCGGCAGCGCCGCAUAGAGGAGCAGAAGGAGGAACGGCGGCGAGUAGAGGAGCAACAACGGCGAGAGCGAGAGCAGCGGAAGCUGCAGGAGAAGGAGCAGCAGAGGCGGCUGGAGGACAUGCAGGCCCUGCGUCGGGAGGAGGAACGGCGGCAGGCAGAGCGGGAGCAGGAAUAUAUCCGUCACAGGCUAGAGGAGGAGCAGCGACAGCUCGAGAUCCUUCAGCAACAGCUGCUCCAGGAACAGGCCCUGCUGCUGGAAUACAAACGGAAGCAGCUUGAGGAGCAGCGGCAGUCCGAGCGGCUCCAGAGGCAGCUGCAGCAGGAGCAUGCCUACCUCAAGUCCCUGCAGCAGCAGCAGCAGCAGCAGCAGCAGCUCCAGAAGCAGCAGCAGCAACAACAACAGAUCCUGCCUGGGGACAGAAAGCCUCUGUAUCACUACGGCCGGGGCAUUAAUCCUGCUGACAAGCCAGCCUGGGCCCGAGAGGUCGAAGAAAGAACAAGGAUGAACAAGCAGCAGAACUCUCCCUUGGCCAAGACCAAGCCAAGCAGUACAGGACCAGAGCCUCCCAUUUCACAGGCCUCCCCUGGUCCCCCAGGACCCCUUUCUCAAACUCCUCCCAUGCAGAGGCCAGUGGAGCCCCAGGAGGGACCACACAAGAGCCUGGUGGCACACCGGGUCCCACUGAAGCCAUAUGCCGCACCUGUGCCCCGAUCCCAGUCCCUGCAGGACCAGCCCACUCGAAACCUGGCUGCCUUCCCAGCCUCCCACGACCCGGAUCCUGCUGUUCCCACACCCACUGCCACACCCAGUGCCCGAGGAGCUGUCAUCCGCCAGAACUCUGAUCCCACCUCUGAAGGGCCUGGCCCUAGCCCGAAUCCCCCAUCCUGGGUCCGGCCAGAUAAUGAGGCCCCACCCAAGGUGCCUCAGAGGACCUCAUCUAUUGCCACUGCCCUUAACACCAGUGGGGCUGGAGCAUCCCGGCCAGCCCAGGCUGUCCGCGCCAGACCUCGCAGCAACUCCGCCUGGCAAAUCUAUCUGCAAAGGCGAGCAGAGCGGGGCACCCCCAAGCCUCUAGGGCCCCCUGCUCAGCCCCCUGGCCCGCCCAACACCUCUAGUAACCCUGACCUCAGGAGGAGCGACCCUGGCUGGGAGCGCCCCGACAGUGCUCUGCCUGCUUCUCAUGGACACCUCCCCCAGGCUGGCUCGCUGGAGCGAAACCGGAACCGGGUGGGAACCUCCACCAAACUGGACAGCUCCUCCCCAGUGCUUUCCCCUGGGAACAAAGCCAAGCCUGAUGACCACCGUUCCCGGCCAGGCCGGCCCGCAAGCUAUAAGCGAGCAAUUGGUGAGGAUUUUGUGUUGCUGAAAGAACGGACCUUGGACGAGGCCCCACGGCCUCCCAAGAAGGCCAUGGACUAUUCAUCCUCCAGUGAGGAGGUGGAGAGCAGUGAAGAUGAUGAAGAGGAAGGCGAUGGUGAACCAUCAGAGGGGAGCAGAGAUACUCCUGGAGGCCGCAGCGAUGGAGACACAGACAGUGUCAGCACCAUGGUAGUUCACGAUGUCGAGGAGAUGUCCGGGACCCAGGCCCCAUAUGGGGGUGGCACCAUGGUGGUCCAGCGUACUCCUGAGGAGGAGCGGAGCCUGCUGCAUGCUGAUAGCAAUGGCUACACAAACCUGCCUGAUGUGGUCCAGCCCAGCCACUCCCCAACAGAGAACAGCAAAGGCCAAAGCCCCCCAUCAAAGGAUACAGGCAGUGACUACCAGUCUCGAGGGCUGGUGAAGGCCACUGGCAAGAGCUCCUUCACAAUGUUUGUGGAUCUAGGGAUCUACCAGCCUGGCACUGGGGACACCAUCCCCAUCACAGCCCUGGUGGGCGAUGGUAGUCGGCUGGAUCAGCUGCAGUACGACGUGAGGAAGGGUUCUGUGGUGAAUGUGAAUCCCACCAACACCCGCGCUCACAGCGAAACACCCGAGAUUCGCAAAUACAAAAAGCGGUUCAACUCGGAGAUCCUCUGCGCGGCCCUUUGGGGAGUCAACCUGCUGGUGGGCACAGAGAAUGGGCUGAUGUUACUGGACCGCAGUGGGCAGGGCAAGGUGUAUGGACUCAUCGGGCGGCGACGCUUCCAGCAAAUGGAUGUACUGGAAGGCCUCAACUUGCUCAUCACCAUCUCAGGGAAGAGGAACAAACUUCGGGUAUAUUACCUGUCCUGGCUUCGAAACAAGAUUCUGCACAAUGACCCAGAGGUGGAGAAGAAGCAGGGCUGGACCACCGUGGGGGACAUGGAGGGCUGUGGGCACUACCGUGUCGUGAAGUACGAACGCAUUAAGUUCCUCGUCAUUGCCCUGAAGAACUCUGUGGAGGUGUAUGCCUGGGCCCCUAAACCCUACCACAAAUUCAUGGCCUUCAAGUCCUUUGCUGACCUCCCUCACCGCCCACUGCUGGUGGACCUGACGGUGGAGGAGGGGCAGCGCCUCAAGGUUAUCUACGGCUCCAGCGCUGGCUUCCAUGCUGUGGAUGUCGACUCGGGGAACAGCUACGACAUCUACAUCCCAGUGCACAUCCAGAGCCAGAUCACACCCCAUGCCAUCAUCUUCCUCCCCAAUACUGAUGGCAUGGAGAUGCUGCUGUGCUACGAGGAUGAAGGCGUUUACGUCAACACGUACGGACGGAUCAUUAAGGAUGUGGUGCUACAGUGGGGAGAGAUGCCCACCUCUGUGGCCUACAUCUGCUCCAACCAGAUCAUGGGCUGGGGCGAGAAAGCCAUUGAGAUCCGUUCUGUGGAGACAGGCCACCUGGAUGGGGUCUUUAUGCACAAAAGAGCCCAGAGGCUCAAGUUCCUGUGUGAGCGGAAUGACAAGGUGUUUUUUGCCUCAGUCCGCUCCGGGGGCAGCAGCCAAGUUUACUUCAUGACUCUGAACCGUAACUGCAUCAUGAACUGGUGAUGGGCCCCGUACUGGGACUGCUCCACUUGGACCCAGCUCUUCUCCAACAGCCAAACUUCCCAGGCUGCCCCUAAUUCCCCUCCCUGGGCUUUUGCUUUACUGGUUUGAUUCACUGGAGCCUGCCGGGAACGUGACCUCUGAUCCCCGAUGCUUUUGUGAUCACGUGACCAUCCUCUUCCCCAAAAUGUUCUUUCCCCAAAACUGUGCCUGUCCCCAACUUCUGGGGAAGGACACAGCUCCCCUUCCCAGGAAUUGAAUGGGCCUUGUCUCUCCCCUUUAAUUAAGAGGAGAGUGCUUGGGGCUUGGACCCCUUAAUCCAUUGCUGCUGACUAGGCAGGGCUCUGGACCCCUUUAUUUGCACGACAAGGGAGCCGGCUCCCCCCCUUGAAUGUACCAGACUCUGGGGGGGGUCACUGGGCCCUAGAUUCUAAGGGGGGGUCACCAGCCACUCCAGGGGCAGGGACCAUUUCCUCAUUUUCUGAAAGCACUUUAAUGAUUUCCCCUCUCCCCAAACCCCAGGGAAUGGAGGGGAGACCCUGCCAGCCAAAACAUUUCCCCUUUCUAGCCCCCAUCCUCCUAGCCUCUCCCCUUUCCUGGUAGGGGGGAGGGGAAGGAACAGGGAGUUCUUGCCCUCCACAACCCCUUGCUUGCAUCUGUAUAUAGUGUGAGCAGCAAGUAGCCCUUCUCUUCCCCUGACCCCCCUCAAUGUAGUGGCCUUGGAUAUUCCGUUUGUUAAUAAAGACAGUUCAACCAGCUCCCACCA